AUGUCCAGAGGAAGCCCAACUCUGUCCUCUGAAGCCAUGGGCCCUUCCGUCUCUGCAGUCCUGUCCAUGAUGAAGCUCGGUCUGUGGUGUCUCCUUCUGAUGCCAGCAGGGUCAGCACAGCAAGCCUCUCAUACCCAAGCUGAGGACCAACUCUUCAAACACCUCUUUAGGGGCUACAACCGCUGGGCACGGCCAGUGCCCAACACCUCGGAUGUGGUGAUCGUGCGCUUUGGGCUGUCCAUUGCUCAGCUCAUCGAUGUGGAUGAGAAGAAUCAAAUGAUGACCACCAACGUCUGGCUAAAGCAGGAGUGGAAUGAUUACAAGCUGCACUGGAACCCGGCCGACUUCGGCAACAUCACAUCCCUGCGUGUCCCUUCGGAGAUGAUCUGGAUCCCCGACAUUGUCCUCUACAACAAUGCAGAUGGGGAGUUUGCGGUGACCCACAUGACCAAGGCCCACCUCUUCUCCACGGGCACCGUGCACUGGGUGCCCCCGGCCAUCUACAAGAGCUCCUGCAGCAUCGACGUCACCUUCUUCCCCUUCGACCAGCAGAACUGCAAGAUGAAGUUCGGCUCCUGGACGUAUGACAAGGCCAAGAUCGACCUGGAGCAGAUGGAGCAGACAGUGGACCUGAAGGACUACUGGGAGAGCGGCGAGUGGGCCAUCAUCAAUGCCACGGGCACCUAUAACUCCAAGAAGUAUGACUGCUGUGCCGAGAUUUACCCUGACGUCACCUACUACUUCGUCAUCCGGCGCCUGCCCCUCUUCUACACCAUCAACCUCAUCAUCCCCUGCCUGCUCAUCUCCUGCCUCACCGUGCUCGUCUUCUAUCUGCCCUCUGACUGUGGAGAGAAGAUCACGCUCUGCAUCUCCGUGCUGCUCUCGCUCACCGUCUUCCUCCUGCUCAUCACAGACAUCAUCCCCUCCACCUCCCUGGUCAUCCCGCUCAUCGGCGAGUACCUGCUCUUUACCAUGAUCUUUGUCACACUCUCCAUCGUCAUCACAGUCUUUGUCCUAAAUGUCCACCACCGCUCCCCCAGCACUCACACUAUGCCCCACUGGGUACGGGUGGCCUUUCUGGGCUGUGUGCCCCGGUGGCUUCUGAUGAAACGGCCUGUGCCUGCCUUGGAACCCCAUGAGCUCCCAGUCCGGAAGCCCAGUUUCUCUCAUUACUGGCUGGAGACCAACAUGGAUGCAGAGGAGAGAGAGGAGGCAGAGGAGGAGGAAGACAGAUGGGGGUGGGCAGCUCAUUCAUCCCCCUCCAUGGGUGUCCUCCAUAGCCAUGGUGGUCUACAUCAAGGGGCCUCAGGGCCCAGUGUGGAGGUCCAGUUGAAGGAGGGUGGGCUUCUGCUGUCACCUCGUAUACAGAAGGCACUUGAAGGUGUGCACUAUAUUGCUGACCACCUGCGAUCUGAGGAUGCUGACUCUUCGGUGAAGGAAGACUGGAAGUAUGUGGCCAUGGUCAUUGAUAGGAUAUUCCUCUGGUUGUUUAUCAUCGUCUGCUUCCUGGGGACCACUGGACUCUUUCUUCCUCCAUUACUGGCUGGAAUGAUCUAA